CGCGGCGGCAGCGUCAUUCAGCUGGCGCGCGUUGCGUGCGUUCUUGUGCGUCGCGCUCGGGUCAGAAGUUGGACGAGCUUGCAGGCUUACACGGCAGGACACACGGCGCGCAGUGCGACACCUUGUGCGAGAGGAAGAUUCGCGAGGGCGAACGGCCUCGGAGGACUGAGCCGUUUACAGGAUUCGAGUUGCAGCAACAGACGCAAUCUCGUAGACAGCGACACGCUCGGCAGGAAGAGAUGAGGUGCAGAACAAAGCUAAUAGUGCUGUGCGCGUUGAGCAUUCUCGGCGAGCCGUCGUUCGCGGCGAGCGAGUCUGCGUCAGCCACUUCAUCCUCGUCGUCCGGGUCGUCGUCUCAAUCGCCAGCCACAAGUUUUGCUGGCUACAGUUCACUGGGUGAUACCAAGGAUCAAUUUUCCGGAGAGAAGAGAGCUUCUGCUUACCGCUCGGAGUUCAAGAGGCUACCGCUCUUUACUUUCGGUUUGGGCAAGCGGUUCGCGCCGAGCUUUGAUGCCACGACAUCAAACAAGGUUCAACGAGGAAAUUUCGCCUUCGGCAUGGGUAAAAGGUCAGCUCUGCCUUUCUCGCUGGGACAGGACAAGCGACUAAUCUCGAGGCUAAUGACUACGGGACUUGGCAAGAGAUCAAUUUCAAGGUACAUGACGACGGGCCUGGGUAAAAGGUCCAUCUCAAGGUUGAGAACAACGGGCCUCGGCAAGAGACUGCCGAAAAAUUACGUGAUGGGAUUGGGCAAGCGAGAAGAGUGGAAAAACGUAGGCUUCGGUUUGGGCAAGCGACUCACCUUCAAUGACAAAUCCUUCGGGCUGGGCAAAAGGACGAGCGGCAUGCAAUUCGGCUUGGGCAGGAGAUCAUCGAGCGGCAUGCAAUUCGGCUUGGGCAAAAGAUCAUCGAGCGGCAUGUUCGGACUGGGCAAGAGGGACAACUACGACGACGAGGAUGACGACGGGGUGAUAGACUACGACCAAGCCCUCGACGCAUAUACGCAAGACAAGCGCAAGUUCGACCUCGGUUUAGGUAAGCGGGUAAUGGAGCUGUACAACGAUUUACCGGAGGAAGAAAAACGCGGCAACAACUUGAACUUUGGCAUGGGCAAGAGAUACAUCGAAGACGAGGAUUACGAAGACGAAGCGCUCCUCGACUAAGCAUUUAAAGUCAAUCUGGCCGUUCGUUAAUGAUUAUGCGCGGAUGACCGUUUGGGUGGGAAAAGUACGCUUUCUGCUUAGAACUUAAGAGUUUCGAAUGAGCUUGAAGCGAAUGACGAGUAAGAAAGAAUAAAAAUAAAUAAGCUAGAGCAAAUCGUGAAACCAAAUAAUUUAUCUCUCCGACAUAAAUGCAACUUUAAGCGUCAAUUCAUACCACUGAUAAAUUUGUAACUUGGAGCAUGUCUGCAGGCGCGGAAUCGAAAGUGAAGUCUCAGUACUUUUGUGGCUGUGCUAUAAUGAGAAGUUUCGCUCGCGCACCUGUCGCGCGCGAACUUUCGCGUUCGUUUACGUAAAGAGAUAAGCCGAGCGACGAUUAUCACCGCUUUACGUGUAAACGCGCAUCUCGCCGCGUACCUUAUUCUCACACGUACUCCCGUCGCAUUUCAAUACACCUGCACGUUCAUAAGCAAAUAUGUGUACUCUUUAAUGGCAUUUUGAUCGACUAAUCUGUAUAGUGUCUCUGUAAAAUAAAUAAU